AUGGAACUGGGAAGCAUUGUUCACUUCCUUCAGGAUAAGACCAUUUUAGUCACUGGUGCCACUGGCUUCCUUGCAAAAAUUUUUGUGGAAAAAAUAUUGAGGGUGCAACCAGAUGUGAAGAAACUUUUUCUGCUUAUGAGAGUUAAAGAUACUGAAUCCGCUACUCAACGCUUAGAUAAUGAGAUCAUAGGGAAGGACUUGUUUAGAUUGUUGAAGGAAAAACUGGGUACAAGAUUCAAUUCCUUUGUCUCAGAAAAGUUGACUCUGGUACCUGGAGACAUUUCUCAAGAGGACUUGAAUUUGAAGAACUCCAUUCUGAGGGAAGAAAUUUGCAACCAAACAGAUAUUAUAGUUAAUCUAGCUGCGACAACUAACUUCGAUGAAAGAUACGAUGUUGCAUUGGGGAUAAAUACAUUAGGAGUUAAGCAUGUGAUGAGCUUCGCCAAAGAAUGUGUAAAGCUAAAGGUGCUUGUCCACGUAUCAACAGCUUAUGUAUGUGGAGAAAGAGGAGGACUCAUACUAGAGGAUCCACACCACUUUGGUGUGUCACUAAAUGGAGUGACUGGACUAGACAUUGAUAUGGAAAAGAAGAAGGUGGAGGAGAAAUUGAAGGAGCUGAGAGAGGAGGGAGCCACAGAACAUGAUAUUGGAUUGGCCAUGAAGGAGUUGGGAAGUCAAAGAGCAACGAUGUAUGGAUGGCCAAACACUUACGUUUUUACAAAGGCAAUGGGAGAAAUGAUAGUAGGAACUGCAAAGGGAAACAUGAACGUAGUAAUUGUACGUCCCACAAUCAUUACUGGCACUUAUAGAGAACCUUUCCCUGGAUGGAUAGAAGGUUUAAGAACCAUUGACAGCUUAGUUGUUGCUUAUGCUAAAGGAAAGUUAACUUGCUUCCUUGCCAAUCUUAAGGCUGUUUUUGACGUGAUACCGGCAGACAUGGUGGUGAAUGCAAUCCUAGUGAGCAUGGUGGCUCAUGCAAAUAAACCUAGUGAUAUCAUAUAUCAUGUGGGUUCCUCUGUUGUAAAUCCAGUUAGGUACCUUAAUCUUCGAGACUACUGCGCAAGAUAUUUCAUGGAAAAACCUUGGAUAAACAAGGAGGGAAAGCCUGUCAAAGUUGGCAAACUUACCAUAUUGAGCGACAUUGCUAGCUUCCACAAUUAUGUGUACAUUCGUUAUCUGCUUCCAUUGAAGGGACUAGAACUGGUCAAUGCAGCUUCGUGCCAUUGUUUUCAGGAAAUGUGUCUCGACUUCAAUAGGAAGAUCCGCACUAUCAUGCGAUUGUUUGACCUUUACAGGCCUUACUUGUUCUUCAAUGGAAUCUUUGAUAAUAUAAAUACAGAAAAGUUAUUAUCAACGGCAAGAGAAGGUGGAGUAGAGACAGAAUUGUUUUACUUUGAUCCCAAAAUUAUUGAUUGGGAGGACUAUUUCAUGAACAUCCAUUUUCCUGGAAUCAUCAAGUAUGCUUUCAAGUGA